UCCUGUAAUCCUGUAUUCUACUUCCUGUUAUUGUUUCUCCUUAGGCUAGGCGCUACUGCCAACAUGCUGACCUAUGAGGACCUGAUGAGCAGUGUGGAAGAGGCAAAAGAGAUGGCGGAAGCAGCCUGCACGAGCAGCCGAAAGAGGAGCAGAUUAAUGGCAUCACCUCAUUCCUGGAUGACAGUAUGGUGUAUGGCAGCGCGGACACCCUGGCCAAUUUGCUUCACAACCAGAGCAGUGACAUGGGCCUCUUGGCCUUCAAUGAAGAGUUCCAGGAUGAAGGACUUGACUUCAUGCCUUUUGAGACCCGAGCCCUAAAUCCUUGUUUGCUCACCAACAAGGAGGCCAACAUCUCUUGCUUCAGAGCAGGGGACUCGAGGACAGAUAAGCCAUUAGGCACCAUGGUGUUCCAAACUCUCUUCCUCCGGGAGCAUAACCGCCUUGCCUUGGAACUUAAGGAGCUAAACCCACACUGCGAAGAAGAACUGUACCAGGAGGCUCGGAAAAUCAUUGAGGCCAUGAUCCACGUAGGUCCAGGCACUCUCAAGGCCCAUGUUUCCCAGGAACCGGCUACCAUGGAGUAG